AUGUCCAGAGGUAUAAUUAGGACGGCUUCGCCCGCUCCUCUGGCCGAUGACUUUGUACGGCAGCAAAUUUCCAAGCAGCAACACACCAACUUCCAUUCUACCUCUCUCCGUAACGUCAACAUGGUCUCAUCAGUCAACAAAACAGCCCUGCACCCGGGCGGUGUCAUUCCCCAAGCCGAGCACACCGAGAUUGAGGAGGAACUUCAUCAACAAGCACACAUUGACUACGACCGCGUAGCCAUCGUCGCCAACCCCUCAGUACCUGCUCUCUACGAAGAUGCCCUGGUCUACGAGACCGGUUCAGCCAUUACCUCAUCCGGUGCCUUGAGCGCCUACUCAGGAGCCAAGACCGGUCGGUCACCUAGCGACAAGCGGAUUGUCGACAACGUCGACCAAGUGUGGUGGGGACCAGUAAACAAACCCAUGAGCCCAGAUGUCUGGAAUAUCAACCGAGAACGUGCCAUCGAUUACCUCAACACCCGAAACCGAAUCUACGUCGUCGAUGGCUUCGCCGGCUGGGACGAGCGGUACCGCAUCCGCGUCCGCGUCGUCUGCGCCCGCGCAUACCAUGCUCUGUUCAUGAGGAACAUGCUGAUCCGACCGAGUCGUGAAGAGCUCGAAGGAUUCCACCCCGACUAUGUCAUCUACAAUGCCGGUGCGUUCCCAGCCAACAAAUACACCUCCGGCAUGACCUCCGCCACCUCCGUCGCCAUCAACUUUGCCGAGAAGGAGAUGGUCAUCCUCGGUACCGAAUACGCCGGCGAGAUGAAGAAGGGUAUCUUCACUGUGCUCUUUUACGAGAUGCCUGUCAAGCACAACGUCUUGACCCUGCACUCCUCCGCCAACGAGGGCAAGGAUGGCGACGUCACCGUCUUCUUCGGUCUGUCAGGGACUGGCAAGACCACCCUUUCCGCCGACCCCAAGCGUGCUUUGAUUGGUGACGACGAGCACUGCUGGUCGGAUACCGGGGUUUUCAACAUUGAGGGUGGCUGCUACGCCAAGUGCAUUGGCCUGUCAGCCGAGAAGGAACCCGAUAUCUUCAACGCCAUCCGUUUCGGCUCCAUCCUGGAGAACGUCGUCUUCGAUCCCGUCACCCGUGUUGUCGACUAUGAGGAUUCCACUCUUACCGAGAACACUCGAUGUGCCUACCCCAUCGAAUAUAUCGAGAACACCAAGAUCCCCUGCAUUAGCAAUAGCCACCCGCAAAACAUCAUCCUCCUCACCUGCGACGCCCGCGGCGUUCUCCCACCCAUCUCCAAACUCACCACCGAACAAACCAUGUUCCACUUCAUCUCCGGCUACACUUCCAAGAUGGCCGGCACCGAGCAAGGCGUCACCGAACCCCAAGCCACCUUCUCCUCCUGCUUCGCCCAACCCUUCCUCGCCCUGCACCCCAUGCGCUACGCCAAGAUGCUCGCCGAGAAGAUCUCACAACACAACGCCAACGCAUGGCUCCUUAACACUGGCUGGGUCGGCGCCGGCGCUAUGACGGGUGGCAAGCGCUGCCCGCUCAAGUAUACCCGCGCCAUCCUCGACGCCAUCCACUCCGGCGAGCUCGCCAAGUCCGAGUACGAGACCUACGAGGUCUUCAACCUCCACGUCCCCAAGUCGUGCCCCAACGUCCCCGACGAGCUGCUCAACCCUCGCAAGUCAUGGACCGCCGACGCUAGCUUCUCCGAGGAGGUCAACAAGCUGGCCGUCCUCUUCAACGAGAACUUCACCAAGUACGCCGACCAGGCAACCGCCGAGGUCAUCGCUGCUGGACCGCAGCCCACGGAGCCGGCGAAGCCGGAAGCUCCUGUUGAGGCCCCUGCGGCUGAGGUCCCUGCUCCUGAGGCUGCACCAGCUCAGCCUGCGCCUACAGAGGCUGCCCCUGCUGCCGCUGCACCUGCGGUCACUGAGGCUGUUCCCGCUGAAGCAUCAAAAGAAAACAGCGCCGCCCCCGCCCCCGCCGCCACUGAGGCACCGAAGCCGGAGACGACGUCAUAG